AUGGCCCAUCAGCACCAUCAAAGUCUGGACAAAAUCUCGUCCGACGACUGGACGAGCAAGGAAUCCAAUGGCGAGCAGGACCAGCAGCAGUUGGAGAAUAUGAAUACAUUCAAUACCCUGCCGCCAUCCGAGAUUCAGCAGACGACGACUUCGCUCAAUUCGCAGAAGACGUCUACGAAUCUCACGAACACACGAGCUCGGCUUGGACUCCAUCCGAUCGCUCCGGUGAUUGAAGAGCAUGAUGAGAGCGAACAUAGCGAUCUGCUAUGGCCGAAGAUACGGAUGAGCUUGAAGGAACCUUUUGCUGAGUUCUUCGGCGUCUUCAUAAUGGUCCUCUUCGGUGACGGCAGUGUUGCGCAGGUCUUACUGACUGCUGGCGACCCCUCUGCACCUGGAGGCGACGGCUGGGGCAAUUAUCAGUCCAUCAGUUGGGGAUGGGGCCUGGGUGUCAUGUUGGGCAUCUACGUCGCCGGUGACUCGGGAGCAUACCUCAAUCCCGCCAUCACAUUCACAAACUGCAUCCUCCGCAAACUCCCCUGGCGACGUCUUCCCGUUUAUUUCGUCGCCCAGUUCCUCGGCGGCUUCUGCGCAGCAGGCGUCAUCUACAUCAACUACGUCAACGGCAUCAACGCCAUGGAAGGUCACGGCGUGCGCACCGUACCCCCCGCCACCAACGCCACGGCCGGCAUCUUCUGCACAUACCCGGCAGCCGACAUGACGAAGGCCGGCAUGUUCUUCGACGAGUUCAUCGCGAGUUUCAUUUUGAUGUUCGUCAUUUUCGCUCUCAAGGACGACAGUAAUAAGGGCCAGUUCUCCGCUUCUGGAGCUUGGUUUCCGUUGGGCUUGUUCUUCCUGAUCUUUGGCAUCGGUGCUUGUUUUGGAUGGCAAACCGGCUAUGCGAUCAAUCUUGCUCGAGACUUUGGGCCGAGGUUGAUGAGCUAUGCUGUUGGGUACGGGCAUGAGGUGUGGUCGGCUGGAGGCUAUUACUUCUGGAUUCCGAUGGUUGCGCCUUUCCUGGGCUGUCUUUUCGGAGGCCUGAUCUACGACAUCUUCAUCUUCACUGGUGCGUCGCCGAUUAACACGCCUUACAUGGGUCUGGGCAAGCUGUUCAAUCCGAAGCAGACGAUGCAGGAGCGAUUGGAGCAGCAGAAGAAGGAUGGUCUUGUGUGA